AUGCGUUAUUUAAAAUCGUUUCUAGAAAAGGAUGCUGCGAAACUCUUAAACGGUAUCGAAAUUACUGAUGAUAAUUAUUUACCAGCCUGGGAAAAACUAAAGCGUCGUUAUAACAAACCUUUAUGUAUUAUAAACGCUUACAUCGAAAGUUUCUUGAAAAUGCCAUCGGUAUCUACCCCAGAUAGUGGACAUUUGCGUCGUUUAUCCGACAAGGCUGAUGAAGUGAUUCGAGGUUUGAAAGCAUUGCAAUCCGAGACUAGAGAUCCGUGGUUAAUAUAUCUUUUGUUAAGUCGAACGGACUUAGAAACGCGAAAGGCCUGGUCGUUGCAUAAAGAUAAUUGCGAGAAAUCGACUAUUAGUGAACUUAUAGAGUUUUUAGAAAAAAGAUGUGAUGCUUUAGAAGCAUGUUCAUCAAAAGCAAUUGAAACGAAAACUAGUGGAAGUAGAAACUCUUCGCGUUCUGGCAGCUCUUCGAACAAUAUAAAAAGUUCGCAAUUAUGUCCCCAAUUUCUCGCAUUAUCUAUUCCAUCGCGUCGUAGCUAUGCUAGAGAUCAAAAACUAUGCUACAAUUGUUUAGGUAGUAAUCAUUCGUCUUCGAGAUGUCGUUCUAAAACCCGGUGUCCUCAUUGUCGUGUCCGCCAUCACGUUCUCGUUCAUCAGGAUCAGGCGUCUUCUGGAGAAGCAACCAACAACAAUCCAAAUACUGAACCACCCGCGUCGCCCAGCUCUUUUGCAAUCGUUAGUAAUUAUUCACAAAAUGAAUUCCGUCCAUCUGGAAUUUUGCCUACUGUAGUCGUGAAGGUCAUUGAUUCGUUAGGUAACAGCCAGUUUUGUCGCGUAUUACUUGAUACCGGUUCGCAAGCAUCUUUUGUUACGGAAAGAUUAGUCAAAAAAUUAGGGUUACGUCGUCGUCAUGCGAGACUUCCCGUUUCCGGUAUAUCUUCGUUAGAUGCUGGUGUUACUCAAGGGGUCGUGAAUAUAACCUUGCGUUCUCGUUUCGAAUCAAAUGCAAUUGACAUUGAAGCUUACAUUUUGAAGCAAAUAACUUCGAAUACCCCGUUUUUACGUUUCGAAUACGACAGUGCUUCGAUUUUGAAAAAUUUAAGUUUGGCUGACCCAAGCUUUAACUUACCUGGACCAAUCGAUAUUUUAUUGGGUUCUGAUAAGGCUUGGAGCAUUUUGAGUGAUGGUCGUCGGACUGAUGAGAAUGGUAAAAUAGUUGCUCAUAAUACCAUUUUUGGGUGGGUUGUAACGGGCAGCAUUCCAGAUCAAAAAAUUGUUUCCUUACGUGUUGGGUUGGAUGUUGACUUUUCGCUGAGAAGGUUUUGGGAGAUAGAGGAAGUGACUCAAAUAAUAGGUUCAUUGGAUACAGACGAACUUGGGGACACACAUUUCAUUAAAACUUUCUCUCGUGCGCCUGAUAACAAAUAUAUUGUUAAACUUCCUUUCCGCCAAAAGGAAAUCGUCUUUAGCAACACUCUCUCCGGGGCCUUGUCUAGAUUGUUUUCCAUGGAACGUCGUUUUUCUCGUCAGCCAAAUCUUCAAUCUGAAUAUUGUCGUUUUAUGAGAACUUAUCUUGAGUUAGGCCACAUGGAAAGGAUUCCAGAAAAUGAGAUUGAACCUUCAUCUGGGAAGGUUUACUAUUUGCCACAUCAUGCUGUGGUAACAAAUAAACUACGGGUUGUUUUUGAUGGGUCUCAUAAAGAUAGUAAGGGUGUUAGCCUGAAUGAUAUGCUCUACCCAGGACCUCCACUCCAGCGUAAUCUCAUAAAUGUCUGUCUACGGUUUAGGGUUCAUAGAUACGUUUUUUGUGCCGACAUUGUGAAGAUGUUCAGGCAAAUUUGGAUUGACGAAUGUCAUCGCGAUCAACGUAUUGUGUGGCGAGAGAAUCCGAAUGAACCAAUUGGACACUACCGCCUGCGUACCGUCACUUACGGAACUUCUCCUGCUCCUUUUUUGUCAAUGCGUGUUUUGAAACAGCUCGCCUUGGACUAUAAAGAUCAAUUUCCAAUUGCUUCUCACGCUGUUUUACAUGAUUUUUAUGUGGACGAUAUUAUGACAGGGUCAAGUACCGUAACUGAAAUUCUAGAGCUAAAAAAUGAAUUAAUAAAUUUGAUGUCAUGUGGAGGCUUAGAAUUGAGUAAAUGGAGUUCUAACUGUUGGCCAGUUUUGCAGGCGACAGGGUCCGAAUCAUCAAUCUCUUUCGAUUUUGAUGCCUCAAAAAAUUGGACAAAGGUGCUUGGCCUAAUUUGGAAUCCCCAUCGUGACAUUCUCACUUACAAAAUCUCCAUAGAAAAAGAUUCAUCGUUGAAGCCCACUAAGAGGAUGCUGUUAUCAGAGAUUUCAAAAAUCUUUGAUCCCUUGGGUUUUCUGGCUCCUGCCACCAUUUUGUUUAAAAUGUUGUUUCAAGAGUUAUGGGCACAUCCAACGAAAAUCGGAUGGGAUGAUCCGCUGCCUACUGAGAUAGCCAAUAAAUGGAUUUCCUACCGAGAGGAACUAUUCUUAUUUGAAAGGGUUGAGAUUUUGCGAAGGUGUACCUUGGAUUCUAAAAGUUUUGAAUUGAUAGGCUUUUCAGAUGCAUCCGAGAAGGCAUAUUCCGCGGUUGUGUACGCUAGAAGCGUUUCUGAAUGCGGAAAAAUUGAGGUUCGAUUGGUUGCUGCAAAAACUCGCGUCACUCCCAUGAAACAACUUACCAUACCGCGUCUUGAGCUAUGUGGAGCAUUGCUGCUAGGUCGUUUGGUUCAUUUGGUUCGGAAUGCCCUGGUUAUCCUCUUCUCCCCGUGUCGGUGGAACACCUUCGUUGCUAAUAGAACUUCCGAGAUUCUUGACGUUCUACCCCGUUCAAAUUGGAACUACAUUCGCUCUGAGGAGAACCCGGCGGAUUGCGCAUCACGAGGGGUUGAGCCUAAAAAAUUAUUGGAAUUAGGAAUUUGGUGGAAGGGGCCCAAUUGGAUUUCGAGAAGUUAUUCGUCUUGGCCGAUUCUUGCGGAGAGCUCCGACUUAGAGGAGGUGCCUGAAGGUAAAAAGGAAAUUGUGGUGGCCAAUAUAUCGUGUACUCCAGAAGAUCCUAUAGAUCUAUUAGGCAAGCGUGUUUCUUCCUGGGAUCGUGCGAUUCGAAUUAUAGCGGUUUUUGUGCGGCGUGCAAAAAAUGGUCAACUUCCUGCAGAGGAACGUAUUCAUGGAUAUCUUCGUUCUUCAGAAUUGCUUUAUGCUAAGCAAAAAUGUCUUAAAUGGGCUCAGAGAGAAUUUGAAGACGACAUUAAAGCUUUGAAAAAAGAAAACUGUGUUUCCGAACGCUCAAAACUAUCAUCUUUGGCUCCUUUUGUAGACAAUGUUGGGCUUCUUCGUGUGGGGGGCAGAAUCUCAAAAGCCGUCGAUGUCACGUUUAACCUAAAACACCCCAUUAUAUUGCCAAAGGAUCACCCUGUUUCUAAACUUAUUCUUCAUGAUGCUCAUAUAAGAUAUCUUCAUGCGGGUGUAUCCGAACAUUUUUCAAUGGUGCGACAGCAAUUUUGGAUUAUUGGAAGCAGAAAUCUUAUAAGGAAGGUCGUUCAUGAUUGCAUGAAGUGUUUUCGUCAACGACAAGCCACUUCCCAGCAGCUAAUGGGAAAUUUACCAUUAUCUCGACUUUCCCCAUCCUUUGCCUUUGAUCAAACAGGUUGUGACUAUGCGGGGCCAUUCACUCUUCGUUUAGCCAAAGGAAGAAAUCCUAAAUUUGUAAAGGGCUACUUCGCGCUUUUCGUGUGCAUGGCGACAAAGGCGCUGCAAUUAGAAGUCGUGAGCGACUUGUCUACUGAUGCCUUUAUAGCUGCGUUAAGGCGAUUUAUUGCUAGAAGAGGAAAGUGCAGUAUCAUCUACUCCGACAAUGGUACUAACUUUCGGGGAGCUGCUAACAAUCUAUCAGAAUGGUACAAGUUAAUUCGGUCCGAGAGUAAUAAUUCUAAAAUUGUAAAAACGUUAGCGGCUGAUAGCAUCAGAUGGGAAUUUAUUCCACCUCACAGCCCGCACUUUGGUGGGCUUUGGGAAGCGGGGGUAAAGAGUGUGAAACAGCAUCUUCGUAGAGUUAUAGGGAACCAUAUUUUAACCUUUGAAGAAAUGACUACUUUGCUCUCUCAAGUUGAAGCCUUAUUGAAUUCUAGACCACUAUGUAUGCCAUACACCGCAAUUCCCGAACCAAGCUAUCUAAAAGUCUCAGUGAACCGACUUGGAAGAUGGGAACUGGUCCAAAAUAUGCUUCAAGGUUUUUGGCGACGUUGGCACUGCGAAUACCUCACAUCACUUCAAAAGCGUCCGAAGUGGCAGAAGAAAACUAAAAAUUUUGAAGUUGGCGACUUAGUGGUUGUUAAAGAAGCAAAUAUGCCACCAUCAAAAUGGGCCCUCGGUCGAAUUGAAGUACUUCAUCCAGGAGAGGACAACCUUUUAAUCCCUUGUACCGGAGCAUAA